AUGCUUAGAAAAUUUGUUUACGGUGUAGGUUUACUUUAAAUAGGUUAUGUAGGAUACAACGCAUCUGACUAUAUUUAUAGGUAUGGUAUUCACUAAAACUGCAACUUGAAAUCAAUAUAUCCUUAAGAAUACGCACUUAUUACUGGGGCUUCAUAAGGAUUAGGUUUAGGAUAUGCUGAGGAAUUAGCUAAAAGAGGAUAUAAUGUUAUUUUAGCUUCUCGUACAUAGAAAAAUCUUGAAGAAGUUGCUUAAAAAUUGUAGUAAAAGUAUACAAAUGUUAAGAUAGAAUACAGAGUUUUGAAUUUAGAAAAUGAAGAUCCUCAAUCAUACGAAGCCUUCUUUUCAUAAUUAAAAAAAGAUUAUGAUAAUAAAAUCGGAAUAUUCAUAAAUAACGCAGCAGCUUUUGAAAAGGAUUAUUUAAUAAAUCUUACUCCUAAAUAAAUCAAAUCAGUAAUUGAUACAAAUGUCCUUGGUGCAACAUUCAUGAUUUAGUAGGAAUUAAAAUAUGCCAUUCAAAAUUCUUAGAAUGACAAGCAAAAAACUUUGUUAAUUAAUGUAGGCUCUUAGAAAACUCACCGUGGAGGUACUUAAGAAGCAAACGUUUAUUAUGCAACCAAGCAAUAUAUGAAUCAUUUAACCAGCUGCUUGAGGGACUAAUAUAAAACAAUAGAUUCUAAUAUAUAAAUAGUAAAUAACUCCCCAGGUUAUAUUGAUUCACCUAUGCUUAGCUCAUUCUAUCCUAAUUUUUCAUAAACUUUUGGAUCAUACUUUUUAGAUACUCCUUAAAAAAUAGCCAAAUAAACUCUUGAUUAAAUUGAUGCAGAUCCAGCUGUUAUAAAUGGAUCUGAUAAGCAAGCAUUUGGGAACAUAUUCUUAAGCCUAUAAGCAAAAUAUUAAAAUCUUUUUAACUGA